AGAUUACGUAAUAAUUCUCAAAGAUUAUUUGAAAAUGGUGAUUUCAUUGCUUCCUUCUUUCUUCAGGGUUCAAGUUUUGAAUUUUACGGGGGACAAGAAGAAGAUAAUCAAUCCUCAGCAUUUUCUUCUUUAUACAAGGGCUGAAGCAGCAGUGAUCCAGAAAAAGAAAGAGUGUUUAGUAUGUCGAUGCAGGUUCCUGGAGUACCAUCUUUCAUACAUAUUACCCAAAAUGAAUCUUUUGGCAGAAAGAACAAGAAGCUGAUGAAAGAAGAGGAUAUCAUUGUCUGUGACUGCAAAUGGGAUGCAAAUCUUCCAGAUAGUGCAUGUGGGGAGAGAUGCCUUAAUGUUCUGCUAAGUGUUGAAUGCACACCUGGCUAUUGUCCUUGUGGUGACAUGUGCCAAAAUCAGAAAUUUCAAAAAUUUCACUAUUCCAAGACAAAGUUAUUCCAAACUGAAGACCGCGGCUGGGGUCUGUUGGCUGAUGAAAAUAUUAAGUCUGGACAAUUAAUAAUCGAAUACUGCGGGGAAAUUAUAUCAUCUGAUGAAGCAAAGCUUAGAUCGGAAUCCUAUGAAGCUAAAGGUCUCAAAGAUGCAUACAUCAUCUCACUUAAUGCCAAUUUCUAUAUUGAUGCCACCAAAAAAGGAAGUCUUGGCAGGUUUAUAAAUCACUCCUGUGAACCUAACUGUGAGACGAGGAAGUGGACAGUUCUAGGAGAAGUAAGAGUUGGUAUUUUCUCGAAGGAAGAUAUAAGCAUUGGUACUGAACUUGCUUAUGACUAUAAUUUUGAAUGGUAUGGCGGUGAGAACGUAAGAUGUUUGUGUGGUGCAACCCACUGUUCAAAAUUUCUUGGGGCAAAAUCUGCUGGUUUCUUGGUGAGUUUUAUUUGUGUCAUACUUAAAAAAGUAAACUUGUGUGUUAAUACAUCUCUGAGUAUAACCAUGUAUGGGAAGAAGGUGACGACAGUAAAAAAGUUAAUAUGUCCAUCCUAUAUUUGUUUAUGGUGCCUCUAUUUGGCUUGUCUUUCAUUUAUCUUAAUUUGGUUAUCCGAGUGCAGAUACACUGUUGAAGAAGUACCCUUAUAUGAUUCAGCCGAGGAUGAGAAACCAUAUAUCCUGGGCGCUCCAAACUCCUCUAAGAGUGAACCCAUGUCAGAUGUGAAGAAUGAUAGCAAUGUGAAAUUGAAUUAUGUACCCUUGGAUACUGAUUCAGUUUCAAAAGCUACAGAAGCUUCGAGCGGAGUGAAAUCUGAACCGACAAAUGCUUACACCUUUAAUGCACAAGGCCAUGCUCCUAAAAGAAGAGCACAACAACAAAAGGUGAAAAGUAAAUCUAAAGGUUCGGGUGCAAAUCAAGUUGAUGCUAAACGCAUUGCCAUGAUGUUUGCAUCAAAGAAAGCUCAAGAAGAAGUCUUGAAGUGUGAGGAAACAAGAAUUGAAGCUGAUUCUAAGCUGAACUCUGUUUACGACGAGAUUCGUCCAGCCAUCGAAAAACACAACAAAGACAACCAAGAUAGGGUGGAUAGCAGCAUGGCCAAAAAGUGGAUAGAAGCGAGCUGCGCCAAAAUGAAAGCUGAUCUCAACUUGCAUUUCUCCAUUGUGAAGAAUGCAAUACUCAACCCUCCAAGGGCACAUGCUAAAGAUAUAUCUCAAGGGGAACCAAAGCCUGCCAAUGAUUCUAGUCUUUGAU